UUGCGUCGAUCAAUGUCGUGGAUCAGAAGUCGUGGGCGGAGAUCUGGGAUAAGUGGAAGCCUCUUGUCUUCAGCAACUUUUCAUUCUGGUUUGUACAUUUAGGCCAAAACUUAAUGGCUAGGAACCCAAAGGGGGGUUCACCCCAGCCAGGGCCAAAGCUCAAACCAGUUCUUUGUGUUUCGGCAGCCAGAGAACUGGCUCUCGGCCAGAAACAGUGGUUCCAGAGUGGCACCAACUCUCUGCUGGUCUAGAAGAAAGAGCCGCUUCCGUAAAGACGUGACGCUUUGGAAGGAUCCAGUCGGCGGAAAAGCAAACGAGUUCUCCAAGGGUUUUCAAAUUGAACCCACUUUCGAAGCAGCACUAGCAGCAGCCCAACUCUUUCACUGGGUCCUAAUACUUUUUGGCAAAUGGUGGAUGUCGUCCAUCGUGUGUUGAACGUACAGUAACAGAGAGGGGUGUGUCUGCCGCUUCAAGCUUUCAUUUUUACUCGUAAUUAUUCAAAGGGGGUGGUGGUGAUGCUUCUGGGAAACAAUGCAAGCAAACCAGUUCUGCCAGGCUGCUGUCAGGCAGAGAGGCAGAAGAGAUGAACAGGGGAUUUCACUGUAGUUCCUUAACCAUGGCGGUAUAUAAAGGUCUUUGUCUCUGUUCUCUCAUGUGGAUCGUCUCUGCAGCAGAAAGAAAAGAGUUUAAAGUCACGUGUCUGGCUUCAGAGGACUGCGUGCUCCCCUGUCAGUUCCGGUCAGACGGCCAGGGCGCGAGGGUCAUGUGGUACAAGAAGAAAGCUGUGGUGAGCUGCACACGCUACGGAAACACCAGCUUCGUGGUGGGCCACAACUCGCCGGCCGACAAGUACAAAGGAAGAACAGGGCUGUUUGCCGACCAGGUUCUGGAGGGGAACGCCACGCUGAUGCUGAGGAACGCCACGCCGAACGACGAGGGCAAAUACUACUGCAUCACCAUGACCGCACCCAGCACUGACGAGUCCGGCAUCAUCUCCCUUGUCAUAGAAGCUCCGAUCCGAGAGGUUGACAUCGAGUUCAGUAGCGACACAAUCACCUGUUCAGCCGAGGGCAUCUACCCGGCUCCGUCGCUCACCUGGUCUACAGAUCCUCCGACUGAUGCUCGUCUUCUGCAGAACAAAACGAAGACGCAGAAAAACAAACUCGGCUUCUACGACAUCCGGAGUUACCUGAGGCUGACGGGAAACGUCGCCACAGAUCAUACUUACAUUUGUUGUGUAUCCAGUGACACCAACAAAAAAACAGCAUUUCUGAGACAUGAAGCCUCGAUCGUGACCCCUGCAGGCGGCGGUGUGAUGAUUUCCUGCAGUUUGCCUCACACCAUCCUCCAGAGCUUUAAUCUCACCUGGAGGUUCAGACGCUCGGGUCCCAUUGCGUCGAUCAAUGUCGUGGAUCAGAAGUCGUGGGCGGAGAUCUGGGAUAAGUGGAAACCUCAUGUCUUCAGCAACUUUUCAAUUUCAAGCGGUUUGAAACUGCACAGCCUGAAGUCAGAGCACCAGGGAAACUACACCUGUGAGGUCCGCACGCCUGAAGAAAUCUAUGUCACCUGGACUGACGUCGCGGUAACCGAAGACUCUCAACAAUACACCUACAUCUACAUCUUCAUCAUCCUGGGACUGAUUUAUUUUCUGAUCCUGUCGUAUGGAACACUGGUGAUUCUGGGAUAUAAAAUCGUAGGACUGGAGAGACGAGCCAGACGACAAGCGGAAAACACAGACGAAGCCACUGAGAGCUUGAACACAGAAUGAGGUUUUUAACUUUGGUUUUCGCCCACCGCCGUAAGAGCAGGUGAUGGAUGAAAUGAAGACAACUUUAGUUUGAUUCAAAAAUAAAUGUUUUGCUGCGGCCGCAGACAAUAAGGAAUAAGUUAUUCUACAAAUGUAAUUCUUCUGCUUCUCAACAGUGAUGUAAGCAGGAAUGGAUGUUUCAGAGUUGCUGUGAUUGAUCCCUACAAGAUGUCUUUAUAUCUCGUAUUUUCAUUGUGUGAAUAAUCUGUUAAAAGAAGAGCCAAAUUAUGAAUUUAAACAGAUGAAGUAUUAACAUGAACUGUAUGAAGGAAAACACCACGAGGUUAGAAUAUUCUUAUAUAUUAUAGAUAUUCUUUAUUCACAUUUUAAUUGUUUAUACUUUAAUUUAAAUUUAAACAUUUUUACAGCUAAAGAUGUAAUGUUACUGUCAUUUUAUAUGAAAUAAAGUUUUGUUGUUCACCUGUGAAA